AUGAUUAAUACUCUGAAACUAGGCACUCUUAUGAGGCUUUUCAAUCAAUAGGAUGAAUAAUAAGUUGGAUUUAUAUAGUUAGAGUAGAUAGAUAAAAUUUUGUUUAAUAUUUAUGAAUGCAAUAAGGAUUACAAAAUUUACUUCGACAACCUUUUGCUUAAAGAAUGCAAGGAAUUUGCAAUUGAAGAUAUUAUAAUGCUCAUUACAGAAAUAGAUUAUUAUGAAGAGUUAAGACAAUCUGUAAUGUAACAAUAACAGGAAUUAAGUUUAAAUUAAAUACAGAGUGAAAUGCUAAUAGCUUAAAUAGAAGGAAAUCAAAGAGAUAGAAGGAGAAUAGAUUAUUUAAAUAAUCCCAAAAUAAAUGAUUUAAUAAUUAUGCUCAAAGAUUAUUAUAAAGUCUGUUGCAAAAAUGGGGAUGCAAGGGAAAUGAAUAGAAUUGAGAAUAGAAUAUCCGAAGUAAAAACAAAGUAGUAAAGAAGGUGGAAAAACUACAUAAAACAAUUACAAAAAUAUUAAGAAACUUUGAUCUAAAAAGCUGCCUUUGAACAUUAAUUUCAUUAAUAAAAAAAGUGGAAUGAGUUUGUAAUCGAUUUCCAAAAUAGUAGAUUUUAUAAAUUUAAUAUGCUAAUAGAAUAACAAAAAAAAACAGUUUAAGAGAUGAGCAAGUAAUUUUAAGAAGAGCUAUAGCCCAAAGUGUUUAAGGUUUCGAAAAAAGUUCUAGAUUUAAGAUAGAAAUAGAAAUAGCUUUUAAAAUUAAAGGAAUUUUAGUAGGCAGAAAAAGUUAAGGAAGAAGCAGAUUUUAUUGAGUAUUUGGAAAAGAAAUAACAAGAAAUGAUUUUAAAAUCAAAAGUGAAAAAUAAAUUAAUGGUUUUGAAAAAAAGAUAAUCCUGUCAGAUAUCAGCAUUUAUGUAAAAAGUUGCAAGUGAAUAAGCAACUCAUCUAUUGCAAAAAUAAGCAAAUGAGACUAGGUGGGUCAAUAUCAAUAGACAUUGCGUUUAAGAUAUUAAUGAGAGAUUCAAUAAGGACAAAAUCAUAACAUUGGCUUCAAGAAGAUCCUUUGAUGCUUACAGAUUUAGAACCAAAAGUGCUAAUUCAUAUGUUGCCAAGAGUGCUAACAUAUCUCGUUAAUUCACUUAACAAUAUGAAUGA